AUGCUUUUUGAACAUUUUAAAAAAGAAUUUACAACAGAACCUGAACAACAUUUAACAGAUUUUUCUUUAGCUUUAAUUAAUAAUGUUCACGUUCUUUAUCAACAACCCAGCCUUUCCCCCAAUUUGGAUAUUGUUAUUGUUAGAUUUGAAAUGUGGAAGACACAACCUGCACCUUUGGCAACAGAAAUUCAUAAAAACGGACAAGCACAAACAUUGCUGGAUUCUUUUUGUCGUCACCAAGCAAGAAUCAAUCCAGGGACAGAUUUAACACAUCCCGAACAUUGGGAUCAUGCUGUUUUACUGACAGGAUAUGAUAUUUAUCAUACAACAUCAAGUGUUGCUGGGGUUGCCCCUGUUGGAAGAAUGUGUGAUGAAUUAUUUGCUUGUUCUUUGGUAGAAGGGUUACAUUUGGGGCGUUCUUUUGUAUUAGCACAUGAAAUGGGUCAUAAUAUGGGUAUGGUACACGACGGAGUUCAAAAUCAGUGUGGACGUAGUUGCUGCCUAAUGUCAGCAGUUAAUGGCGCUGGAAAAACAACUUGGAGCAGGCAAUAA